UCGUAGCAUGGACAUGGACGAAUCCAAUGUUCGAGUGAACUUAAAUCGAUGGAUGUUCGUGAUGUCCCGUUAAGAUGGUAGACACAUGAGCUGGGGUGCAAUACUGACACACUCGUGUCGUCUAGUACUGUCUUUGAAAGACCCUUUUCAAAGGAAGAUGUCCGAGACUACUCGUCCUAUGACGCUCGCCCACAUUGUGACACACGCAUAUGCCACAGGGUAGCUUGUGCAUAGUCCGUUGAGUAUCCGUUUGACACCAAAUUUGGUGAACUUUCAUCUUUCACAUCGUCGGACUUAAUUCUUGAACCGCAUGUCGAAACUCAUAUUGAAACCCUGAUUUUUUAAGUUAUGGAUCGAGGCUCUACCCGACCUUCUUUGAGCUUGUCUUUGACACUCGUGUCGUCUUGUUCUCUCGAACUUUGUGUAUGUCUCGACUUAUCUUCAAUGCAUACUCUUGGUGUGUUGGAUGAUGCACCCUUCUCUUCAGCCACAUAAUGCACCAUCCUCUUGUGUCUGUCUUGACAAGUAGAGGUCACCAUAUUUUCUCUUUGUGAAGUUGUAAACACUAUUUGGAUAGCUCGGGUCACCAAUCCAAAAUGGGUCCAAAAAAGUUUCCCAACCAAUAAGUAACACCCUUAGUUAGAAAUCCUUAAAUUUUAAGGUAAAAAAACACAAACUUUAGUUGAGAGAAUUAGCAAAUUUAGCCCAACAAUAACUCUACUUGUAUUGGGUUAAGGGAGAGCGUGAGGAUGGAAAAAAAAAGAGCGUUGUAUUUGUUUCUUCUUCUUCAUCUUCUUCCUUAGAUUUCACUAUGACAGUUUAUAUAUAGUUUCCAAAUACUGUCCUCUGCUACUCGCCGCCAUUACUACUCUCCUCUGUUUCUUCUUCCUCCUCUCUCAUAGCUUCUCGCCGGAAAACCAUUGUUUUGUCUCUGUAAUUUGACAAUGGCGUCUGCAAUUUCUCUUUGCUCUGUUUUUGUUGUUGUUCUUGUUCUGACUCAGUGGGUCAACUCGGAGCCGACUCAGGACAAACAGGCCCUUCUCGAUUUUCUCUCUAAAGCUCCUCAUGCCAAUCGGCAUCAAUGGAAUACCUCCAAUUCCGUCUGUAAUUGGAUCGGCGUUCAGUGCAAUUCCAAUCAGUCGUUUGUUUAUUCCCUCCGUUUGCCCGGCGCCGGCCUCGUCGGUAAGAUUCCGGCCAACACGAUUGGCAAAUUGACUCAGCUUCGAGUUCUCAGCCUUCGCUCUAAUCUUCUCUCCGGCAAGAUCCCGUCGGAUUUUUCUAAUAUGGUAAUGCUGCAGAAUCUGUAUCUUCAGGAUAAUGCAUUCUCCGGCGAGUUUCCGCCCAGUUUGACUCGUUUGACUCGGUUGACUCGGCUGGAUUUGUCGUCGAAUAACUUUUCCGGUACGAUUCCGGCGGCCGUUGACAAUCUGACCCACUUGACGAGGAUUUUCUUGCAGAACAAUGGGUUCUCCGGUUCAAUCCCGCGAAUCUCGGCGGUUAAUUUAACAGACUUCAACGUCUCUAACAACAAACUCAACGGAUCGAUUCCAAAACCGUUGGCGAAAUUCCCAACCUCCUCCUUCGCCGGAAAUCUAAAUCUCUGCGGCGGACCAUUCCUCUCCUGCAACCCAUCCACCUCUCCAGCACCGCCGCCGCAAAACCCACCAGCCGUCACUGUCGGGAAACCAAAAAACCGGUCCACAGCUGCCAUAAUCGGGAUCAUCGUCGGCGGUGUCUUCGCCGCAAUUCUCCUCUUCCUCUGUAUCCGGCGCCGCUCCCACCAUCCAGCGAAGUUCCGGAAGCCAUCGGCGGCGGCGAGAGCCAUCUCGAUAGUGGAGGCCGGGACGUCGUCGUCGAAAUACGACAUUACCGGAGGGUCGGUGGAGGCGGCCGAGAGGAACAAGCUGACGUUCUUCGAAGGGGGAAAUUACAAUUUCGAUUUGCAGGAUUUGUUGAGGGCUUCGGCGGAGGUGCUGGGGAAAGGAGACGUGGGAACGUCGUAUAAGGCGGUGCUGGAAGAAGGGACGACGGUGGUGGUGAAGCGGCUGAAGGAUGUGGCGGCUACGAAGAAGGAAUUCGAGAUUCAAAUGGAAGCUUUGGGGAAGAUUAAACAUCAAAAUGUGGUUCCGCUUCGAGCCUUUUACUUCUCCAAUGAUGAGAAAUUGCUGGUUUUUGAUUAUAUCUCCACCGGAAAUUUGUCGGCGGGCCUUCACGGUAGCAGAGGCUCCGGCAGGACACCAUUAGACUGGGAUUCAAGAAUGAGAAUAGCUCUAAGCGUGGGCAGGGGACUUGCUCAUCUCCACCUCCCCUGCAACCUGGUUCACGGCAACAUUAAAUCCUCCAACGUCCUUCUCCGGCCACACCACGACGCCUGUAUCACCGACUUCGGCCUAAACCCAUUCUUCGCCACCGCCACGCCGCCGAAUCGUCUCGCCGGUUACCGAGCGCCGGAGGUCCUGGAAACCCGAAAAGUCACCUUCAAAUCCGACGUUUACAGCUACGGCGUCCUGCUCCUCGAGCUCUUGACCGGUAAAGCCCCCAACCAACAGUCCCUCGGCGAAGACGGCAUCGACCUUCCCCGGUGGGUUGAGUCCGUCGUCCGGGAGGAAUGGACGGCGGAGGUUUUCGACGCUGAAUUGAUGCGAUUCCACAACAUUGAAGAAGAGAUGGUUCCGUUGCUUCAAGUCGCAAUGUCUUGCGUUUCCACCGUCCCCGAUCAACGACCGACGAUGUCGAAAGUUGUACGGAUGAUCGAAAAUAUGAACAGAAGUGAGACCGACGACGGGUUGCGCCUGUCUUCCGAUGACCCCUCUAAAGGCUCCGAUGUUAACACGUCGCCGGCAGAAUCGAGAACUCCGGCGUAGAAAAGGAAAAGGGAAAAACAUGAUUUUUCCAUGGUGGGGUGUCCUUCAAAUUGUGCAUGAAAAGGGCUAAGUGGUUGGUUUGAUUGUUCGAGUUAUUUUGUUUGGAAUUUGAGAUUUGUGGGGGAAACUUGGGG